AUGCGGAGGAAUGCUGAGGAGUUCAGGGACAACCACGAAGAAGCUGUCAACGCAAUCAACCGCAAGCACUACAUGGACGACUACUUCGAUUCAACGCCAACAGUGGAAACAGCUGUCGCUAGAGCGCUUCAAGUCGUCAAGAUCCACAAAGCCGGCGGGUUCACCAUUCGUAGCUGGGUAAGCAACUCGUCAGAGGUCCUAGCAAGCGUGCCACCCGAGCUCAGGUCCGACAGCGCUCUCACGAUCGACAGCGGUGAAACGGCCACCCCGACCGAGAAGACCCUUGGCCUCAAAUGGAUGCCGCGGGAGGACAUCUUCAGCUUCAAGCUAAGUGCACGACUGGUGACACAAGAAGCAGAAGUGACGCAGCCGACAAAGGGACAUGUGCUACGCAUGUGCAUGUCAGUAUUUGAUCCGCUUGGCUACCUGGCAUUUCACACGGUAUCGGCAAAGGUACUUCUCCAGCGGAUAUGGCGCACCGGAGUCAGCUGGGACCAGCCGCUACCGGAUGACCUCGUGACACGCUGGAAAGAGUGGUGGCAAAUGCUACUCAAGCUGAGCGAGCUGUCUGUGCCACGCCCCUACAGUGAAGAUAUGACCAAGAGAGCCCAAGUUCAACUACACGUCUUUGGAGACGCCAGCGAGUCGGCCUUUGCGGCUGCAGCCUACCUCAGAGUCACCUUCGCCGACGGGAGUGCCCAGGUCGCUUUCGUGCUGGGAAAAACACGUGUAGCGCCAUUAAAACCACUCUCCAUUCCAAGACUUGAGCUACAAGCAGCUGUCAUGGCCAGCCGCAUGACCAAGACGAUCAAGUCCGAACAUGACAUCAGCAUCGACAGCGUCACUUUGUGGACUGACUCCGUAACAGCGCUACGGUGGAUACAGGCCGAUGCCCGACGUUUCAAGCCGUUCGUGGCUCAUCGGGUUGGAGAGAUUACGGAAGUGACCGAUGUAAGCCAGUGGCGCUGGGUGCCGACCGAUGAGAACCCAGCUGAUGCAGCAACCCGUCCACGUAACGACAGCGGAUUGGCUGAGAAAUGGCUGAAGGGACCCGACUUCCUGAGACACCCAGAGUCGGAGUGGCCAGUUGAAAAGCCCGGAGCAGCUACACCACGCGAAGAUGACAGCGUCGAGCUGAAGAACGAGUUCAAGGCGACCGCUCGGGAGGCACCAACACUCGCUCUACCUGAGAUCGAGAGGUACUCAUCUUGGAACAAGCUUGUGAGAACGACUGCAUGGGUGGUCAGGUACAUCAGGAAUCUGCGGGCCUCAGCGACAGGAAAGCCACCAGUUGCAGGCGAACUUCGCCCAUCGGAGUUCCGGCGAGCCCAAGAGCUCUGGUGGUUGCGCUGCCAGGCCGAUGCCUUUCCGACAGAGCUCCUGGACCUGCGGAAGACGGGAAGCGUCGCGACGAGCAGCACCUUGUGCACACUGUCGCCGCGUAUCGAUGAAGCCGGGCUGAUCCGCAUGGCAGGCAGAAUCAGAACGGCCCCGGCUGGCAGCCUGGUGGAGCUGGACCCGGUGAUUCUACCUCCAAAACACCCGUUCACCCGCCUACUGCUCCAGCAGACUCACGAAUGGUGCGGGCACAACGGACAAGCGCACAUGACCAACGAGAUACGCCGAAGCUACUGGAUCCCGACCUUGCGAGCUGUAGUGCGUCGAACAUGGACGGAAUGCCAAAAGUGCAAGAACGACCGGGCGCAGCCGGUGGUUCCUCAGAUGGGCGCCCUCCCAGACAGCCGACUUGCAGCUUUCGUCCGACCGUUCACACACUGCGGUCUCGACUAUUUCGGACCCAUGGAGGUAACCAUUGGACGCCGGCACAAGAAGCGGUAUGGUGCGCUAUUCACGUGCCUCACCACCAGGGCAAUACACCUCGAACUUGCCCGAGAUCUCACCACGGACAGCGCUAUCAUGGCCAUCCGCCGAAUGGCUAGCAGGCGAGGACAACCAGGCAUCAUCUACUCGGAUAACGGCACCAAUUUCCGUGGUGCGGACUCGGAACUUCGCAAAGCUGUCCAGGACUUCGACCACACCAAGAUUCAAGGACACUUGACACCGAAGGGUACAGAAUGGAGGUUCAACCCACCCGCUGCUCCGCACAUGGGCGGAGCGUGGGAACGUCUUGUGCGCUCAGUGAAGACAGCUCUGAAGGCGGUACUGACAGCACGAGCGCCCCGUGAAGAUGUGCUGGUCACCCUGCUUGCUGAAGUAGAGUCGCUCCUGAACAGCCGCCCGCUGACCCACGUGUCUUGCGACGCAACAGACGAAGACAGCCUCACACCAAACCAUUUUCUCCUCGGUACGCCCUCCAACCAUCAAGCACCUGGCGAAUUUGAUGAGGCUGAGCUGUGCAUGAGGAAGCAGUGGCGGAUUGUGCAAGUGCUAGCCGAUCACUUCUGGAGGAGGUGGCUGCGUGAAUACCUGCCGACGUUGACAAGGAGGACCAAGUGGCAUCAGCGACAGCAGAAAGAGGUCAAGGUCAAUGACAUAGUCGUGAUUGCCGACAGAGACCUACCCAGAGGCAGCUGGCCGAAAGGUACCAUUACGGCCGUCUAUCCCGGCACCGAUGGACAUGUCAGAGUGGCCGACGUCAAGACAGCGUCCGGGACAUACCGCAGGCCGGUGUCAAAGAUCUGUGUGCUGGACGUUCUGAAUGAGGGUGACGCUUGA